AGCUUAUUUUGGCUACUGAAAAUUGCUAAAGAUGGGUUCUUUUAGUAUUUUGACUAUAUCUGAGCAAUAUUCUGAUCGUUGGAGUUGGAGUGUGAUAAGUAGGGUAUUAGAGUGCCUCAAGAGAAGACUUACGCCUCUCCACACACCCAUACUCACAACAUAGUUACCCACGUCUACACGCAUAUUCAAGAAAAUGAUUAUGAGUUUUUUCUUAAUGCUUUCUUGAUAAAUUAAUGUCUUAUCCUAUCGUACAUAUUCUUAAUAGACUGGUUUCGAAUCGAUGAGAAGCGAUGCUAUAACAGCUGCCACAACACCUACGGGACCAGCAGCUAAACCGGCACCAAUCAAAACGGCUUUCACAACUUGA